CAUUUCAACCAAUCACAGCGCGACCUCAUGCACCUCCAAGAUGGCGACGUCCAUCCAGAACCGCUGUAGGCACAUUCUGUGGUGGCAAAAUACCCGCUGUAACUAAUCAAAACAAAGUAAGACAUAUGCGGCAAUACAGUUAAUAACAUCGUUUUCGCCGUUGGAUAUCUGCACAUGUCGGUUGACGGCGUGGGGUUCGCUUUCAUGGCUGUUUGUGAAUGAAAUUGGGCGUCCUCUCGCCAUGGCCACCGACAACAGGAUUCAUUUCUGGAGGAGAAACCCAAAGGUUCCCGGAAGUUUACAGCCAGUAUAUGGAGCACAGCACCCUCCUCUGGACCCACGCAGACACCGUCUAUUAAAAGAUGCUCCAAAGGUUAGCAGUGUGAACACCAAAUCCAAAAAACCUUCCACUUUCCACGAAUUUGCUCGGAGCACCAAUGAUGCAUGGGACAUUGAUGAUGAAGAGGAUGACAGUGUGUUUAGUCUUAAACAGCUCUCAUCUUCACCUGUCCAAUCACAAUACAUGCCUCAAACACCCCGCCUCAAAAUCAUCAAAACCCCAGAAGACACAGAGCCACUGCCCCCUUCACUGGACAGGCAGGAACCAAUCAGCACAAACCCCAGUCAAGAACGACUGGAUAUAGAAAGAGGUCCAGCCAAUGGCAGGGUGGUAAAGUCCAGUAGUGACGCCCAGCUGAAUGUUAAUGCAGCUCGCAACACUCUGCAAAAACAGCAGUCACUUCCUGUGCGGCCCAUCAUUCCAUUGGUUGCCCGCAUUUCGGAUCAAAAUGCCUCAGGAGCUCCGCUCAUGAUGGUGAGAGAGAAGACUCGAUUGGAUAAAUUCAAGCAGCUACUUGCCAGUCCCAACACAGACUUGGAGGAGUUACGGAAGCAUAGUUGGUCGGGAAUCCCUCGUGAAGUUCGGCCAGUCACCUGGAGACUCUUAUCUGGCUAUCUUCCAGCCAAUAGAGAACGAAGGGAUCUGGUUCUCCAGAGGAAGAGGGAAGAGUAUUUUGGCUUCAUCGAACAGUAUUACCACUCCAGAACAGAUGAGAAUCACAGAGACACAUACAGACAGAUUCACAUCGAUAUCCCGAGGACGAACCCUUUGAUUCCUUUGUUCCAGCAGCCGCUGGUGCAGGAGGUGUUUGAGCGGAUUCUGUUCAUCUGGGCUAUCCGUCACCCUGCUAGUGGAUACGUGCAGGGCAUUAAUGAUCUGGUCACUCCCUUUUUUGUGGUCUUCCUCUCUGAAUUCGUGGAGGAAGAUGUGGAAAAUUUCGAAAUGGCAAGCUUGCCUCUGGAUACACAACGAAACAUAGAAGCCGACAGCUUUUGGUGCAUGAGCAAAUUGCUGGAUGGGAUACAGGACAACUACACAUUUGCCCAGCCUGGGAUUCAGAUUAAAGUGAAGGCGCUGGAAGAGCUCGUUAGCAGAAUAGAUGAGGAUGUCCACGUGCACUUUCAGAAGUGUGAGGUGGAGUAUCUGCAGUUUGCUUUCCGCUGGAUGAAUAAUCUGCUGAUGCGGGAGCUGCCGCUGCGCUGUACCAUCCGCCUGUGGGACACCUACCAGGCGGAGUCGGAGGGAUUCUCCCAUUUUCACCUCUACGUGUGCUCUGCCUUCCUCAUCAAAUGGCGCAAAGAGAUCCUCUCCAUGGUGGACUUUCAGAGCCUGCUAAUGCUCCUCCAGAACCUUCCCACAAUACACUGGGGCAACGAAGAGGUGGGUUUGCUACUGGCGGAGGCCUACAGACUCAAAUACAUGUUCGCUGAUGCUCCGAGCCACUACAAGAGAUGAGAUCUCGUAAGCAGACCGCGUUGCGACCCUGCAAAACCUAGACAAUGAUCCGACCUAACAACGGGAUCAGUCCAAAUGGCUCUUCUUCGCUCGGUUUAAUCUGACGCAGCGAGGAUAGAGCUCACCAAUGAUGUCAAAUUUGUGUCAUCGUCUGUUACGAUUCACGAUCAAGAACGAGACGGCGUAAACAACCACGGACAAAACAGAUAUUUUGGAAAAAUCUCCCAUCUUGAUGGCUGACAGUUCAGUUUGCCUGCAGAUGACUUCAGAAGAUAACUGACAGUGAGAUGCUGAGAGCCGAGGAACAGACAGCGAUUAUCAAACUAAAAAACAGAAGGACUUGGCAUCCUAGGCUUCCCCGCAUCUUCCUCUAUUUGUUACCUCAGAUGUAGAGCAACCACCUCUCAUUUUUAUUUCUUGACAGAUCCUCAUUUUUUUUGUCCUCCCUCGCCGCCGUUCUCGUGUUUUGUGUUAUUAGACCGUAAUGUGAUCUCCUUGGCCCUUUUGCUCAUUUCCACAUUGAUUGUACCACACGCAGGUACACGGGUCGAUUCCCGUCCGUAAUCACUCUGCGUUAUUGAAGCUCUGCAAUACAUGAAACUAUGGCAGCCGUAAAGGGUCAUUUCUCAAGAGGCGCGGCUGAGCGUUUCGGAUUCGAAGAAUCAAUAUGCAACCGCCUGAGCAAUGUGUUUGGGUUUUUAUGUUUUUUGAAUCACAAGGCUGUGAAUUUUAACAAUCCUUAACCAGUGGCUUUGUAUGCGUAUGAAGCACAAUUAUUUCUUAGAAAACGAGUACUUUGAGAGCUUUAGUAUUAGCAUUCGACGACUACUGAGGUAUACGUGAAAUAUUAAUAUGGCUUUAUAAAGAAUGAAUCAGUGUGAUGUGAGGUCAGCCUAUGAGACCACAGGACUGGAGUCGUGUUGAAAGGAAACUACUGACAUGGAGGCAGAAGGGUUUCGGUUUUCACUGUGUGGUACAUAAAUAAAUCCUAAUCUUAAAUACUGCUGGAGAACAGCAGAUGAAAUCUCAAAUCACUGUGAAAAGGCAUCUACCAUUCGCACGUCCAUUCGAUCUCCCAGGGCCACCAAAUUAUGCAGAUGUUUAUGCUAAUCAGAUGUAGAUGAUCUGAUUAUCUCCCUUUUCCCUUUGAACCCUCGUUUCACCUUUCGGUGUAUUUAUUAACUCCAGGCUGAUACGUUUUGAUUGGUGAUUAAUUGUUCACCUUCUGAAUCUUUCCAAACCAGAUGUGUGAUCUUUAUAAAUCAGCAUGUAAUGCGAAAUGAAUGACUCUGACUUAUCAAAAGCAAAUGUUUUCAUUUAAAUCGCUAAUUAUUUCGUAUAACUCGGACCAAAACCCUGCAUGGAUAAUCUGAAUAAUAAAUUAAAUAAGUGUCUUUCUGAUUUAAUUA